AUGUUCUCCACCAUCUUCUCUAUUCCCACCUCCAAAAAACGCAAUUUUGGGCCGUUUUCACCCUUUUUAGACCCAGAUCUCCUUCCCCCCGCCCCCAACAUCUCGGUGACGCCCCCCAAGCCCGAGUUCCUCAUCGGCGACACCGUGUCCAUCACCUGCGCCGCGCCGGCGCCGGGUGACCGCGUCCGAGGGUUCCGUUUCUCGGCGACGUCCGGGUGGGUGACGGACGUCAGGAGCUCCAGGAGGAGCUUCAGCCACACCUUCAACGUCACCGGGACCAGGGAUGGAGGAUUCCACACCUGCUCCUACACCGUUCUCCGGCCGGGACGCGGCAACGUCCACUCGCCGGCCAGCCGGGCCGUGGUCAUCAACGUCCGCGAUCGUCCAACCCAACCCAAGUUGACGGUGACGCCCUCCAGCAUCACCGUGGAAGGGCAGCCCCUGGUCUUCUCCUGCCAGGCCCCGCCCGGCGAUGCCGAGCGGAGAUUUGGGAUCUUCCAGGAGGACCUGGAGGUCACCGGUGGGAUCUGGGAAGGUUCUGGAGGUUCUGGUGUCCGGCUGAGGGUGGAGAGGAGCGGCCAGAACCAGACGGGGAACUUCAGCUGCCGCUACGAGGAGAUGACCGAGGGCCGGUGGAUCACGUCCUACCCCAGCGACGCCGUCCAGGUCAUCGUCAAAGAUCCGUGUCCUCCUCCCGUCCUGUCCGUGGAGCCGCUCUCGGGCGUGGUGGCCACGGGCCACCGGCUGCGCCUGACCUGCGCCGCGCCCCGGCACGACUUCCGGCGGCGCUUCCGCUUCUUCCGUGACGGCGCCGAGGUGACGCCGGACGCCGGUGACGUCAUCGGCGGGGAUGGCUCCGAGCUGCUUUUCCCGCGGAUUUCCCGGGAAUUCGCCGGGAAUUUCAGCUGCCGGGUGGAGGAGGAGGUGGGCGGGGCCUGGCUGGAGGCUCCGCCCAGCCGGGACGUGGCUGUGGAGGUCAGGGCCUCAGCUCAGUUCGAGCUCCUCCCAUUGGUCGUCGGCACCGCGGUGGGCGUGGCCUCGCUGCUCCUCGGGCUCCUAUUGGCUGCUUCUCUGUGCCGGAAGAGGAGGGGAGGUUCUGGCUGGCGGGGGCUGCGCCCGGGGGAAGACACCGGAACUUUCUCCAUGGGGGACCUGGAGGAGGCUUCCUGAGACAGGCCACGCCCACCAAGAUGGCCGACAAGGCGCAGGCCACGCCAACCAAGAUGGCCGACAACACGCAGGCCACGCCCCCGGAAUGAUGCUGAGACCAUGUCCCCAAGAUGGCCGCCAGCUCAAAAGCCACGCCCCCAAGAUGGCCACCGAAAUAAAGGCCACGCCCCCAAAAUGGCCACCAAAAUAAAGGCCACGCCCCCAAAAUGGCCGCCGAACUAAAAGCCACGCCCCCAAGAUGAGCGCCAGCUCAAAAGCCACGCCCCCAAGAUGGCCACCAGUCCAAAGGCCACGCCCCAAAGAUGGCUGCCUGAGACAGGCCACGCCCCCAAAAUGGCUGCCAGGUCAAAGGCCACGCCCCCAAGAUGGCCAGUGGUGCUUAGCCACGCCCCCAAAAUGGCCGUCACUUCAAAGGCCACGCCCCCAAGAUGGCCAGUGGUGCUUAGCCACGCCCCCAAAAUGGCCAUCACUUCAAAGGCCACGCCCCCAAGUUGGCCACUGAAAUAAAGGCCAUGCCCCCAAGAUGGCUGCCAGUGUUUAGCCACGCCCCCAAGAUGGCCACCAAAAUAAAGGCCACGCCCCCAAGAUGGCCACCCGCUCAAAGGCCACGCCCCAAAGAUGGCUGCCUGAGACAGGCCACGCCCCCAAAAUGGCUGCCAGGUCAAAGGCCACACCCCCAAGAUGGCCGCCGAAAUAAAGGCCACGCCCCCAAGAUGGCCACCACUUCAAAGGCCACGCCCCCAAGAUGGCCGCCACUUCAAAGGCCACGCCCCCAAGACGGCCCUCAGUGCUGAGGCCACGCCCCCAAGAUGGCGGCUGUGGGCGGGGCCAGGGCAAGGCGGCCAAUGGGGAUUGGUGGAUGCGA